UCGAAACUUCUUCUUCUUACUCUUCUCUCAAGUAAUUAAAACCAGAAGAAAAAAAAAAGUAUACAUAAGAAAACCACACAUAGAGAGAAAUGUGUAUCAAUUCUUCAGAAUGGAGUAAAUCACGUAUCCUUUACAUUUCUGGCCAGAAACAAAAACCAAAGCGUUCCAGAAUCCAAGUUUAUAGGAGGAAGAAAAGUGAGGAAAAGCUAGCAGGAAAGGAUAUGGAAUUGAGAAACUUGAAGCUUUACAUGGAGAACAUGAGCAUAUUAGAAGAAAAUGAGAAAUUAAGGAAGAAAGCCAAUCUCCUUCACCAAGAAAACCUUGCUUUAAUGUCUGAAUUUCAGAAGAAAUUUUCUCAGUUGGAUCGAGUUUCCGCCACCCUUAAUCUGCUUCUUCUUCAUAAACAACCAUGUCAAUGAAGAAUCAGUGGCGGAGCUAGAGCAUUAGUUACUGGUUAGGACGAACCAAUAGCUUUUGCUUAAAAUUUGUAACUAAAACGAGUUAUGAGUUUGAUAUCAAGUUUAGAAUUCAUAAACCUCAGUUCCUGGCUCCGCCUCUAUAACUAUAUGAAGAAAGCCCUUGCUUCACUUAUUGUAGCUUUUCUAGCUUAUGGCUUUGUCUCUUUGUCUCUCUUUCAAAAGUUCUGCUAAUAAU